GUACAAGUACAAGCUUUUAGGGGAACUUAGUCGCUGCUGCCCUUUUCCACGUUGAAAUCUUUAUUAAGGGGCGGAUCUAGGCGGAGGAGAGCCCGUGGCCGGUGUUGCAAACGCUGGGAGGUGGAAUAGAGUGGGGAACACUUGGCAUUUGUGUUGGAGACACCGCGAGGUUCAGAAGGAGGAGCGAAGAGAAGACAUUACACAUCCAACAAGCAAGAUUGGUGGUAGCUUUCCCUCGCCCCCUUCGUGAAGUUCACUUGGCAGCGAUUUAAUUCACAGCGCCGUUCCGCAGCCCAGCGGCUGUUAAAUCGCCGCACUCUCUUCACUGCGUGUUCAUUCUUCGUCUGAUCCAACCUUGUGGGUUAGCAAAGGUGCUACUUCACCAAUACUCUCGAAGAAGAAAGAAUCGUUUGAUACCUCGAAAUGGAGAGGAAGGGACAGUCGGAUUCUAAUGUGCUGGCGUUUGCAGAGGGUCAACGCUGGGUUGAGGAAGUUACUGGAAAGAGAUUUGGGCAGAAAGAUUUUCGAUCUGCACUGGAGGAUGGAGUCCUGCUAUGCGAGCUGGUUAACAAGAUAAAACGGGGUGUCAGUAAAAAGAUCAACCGCCUGUCUACACCUAUAGCUGGUUUGGACAACGUAAAUGUUUUCUUGAAGGGCUGUCAGAAAAUUGGCUUGAAAGAAGCACAGCUGUUUCACCCAGGAGAUCUACAGGAUUUAUCCAGUCGCGUCACUGUCAAGCGUGAAGAAACUGAAAGGAGACUCAAAAAUGUUUUGAUCACAAUAUAUUGGCUUGGUAGAAGAGCACAGUCUGACCCUCAGUAUCAUGGACCAUACCUUGACCUCAAUGCGUUUGAGGGGCUGUUAGGACAGACGCUGACCAAGGCUCUUGCAGACUCGGGAAGUUUGAAUCGAAGUGGAAGAGACAGCGGGUACUGCGAUAUCUGGUGCGCGGAGCGGACAGAGCCAACUUCGCCACAGUUCACGCACAGAAGAGACGACUCAUUCGAUAGCUUGGACUCACUUGGGUCAAAGUCUCUCACGAGCCUUUCAUCAGACGUAACUCUAAAGGAGAGUAGCGAAGGUGGUGGGAGUGAUAUUGAGUCCGAAGAUCUGAGCAGCAAGUGGGUGGAUGGUCCAAAGGACAACAUGUCACUUCGCAGGAUCUCCACAUCUGAAUACAAGCCCGCUCUUCCCUACAACCAGUUCCUGCCAACAAAAAGCAAGCCUGCAACUUAUGUGCCCGCUCCGCUGAGGAAAAAACGUGCCGAAAGAAAUGAGGACAAUAGAAGAAGUUGGGCCAGCCCAAUGUUUACUGAAAGUGAUGGAUCAUUUUCAAGACUUCUUCAAAAGUCAACUGAUAAUGAUUCAGGGAGUAAAUCGCUCAAUGAUGUGUCUGCUGAAGAAGGGGAUAAAAUGAGAAAAUCUCUUAGAUUUGAGGAAUUGCUGAAAAUAAAGCAAGCUAUGAAUGAACAGGACCAGCAAUGGCAGAGUGAUCUGGCAGGUUGGAAGAAUCGGCGUAAAAGUGCUAACUCCAGCCUACUGAAGAAGAAAGACGAGAGAGAAGAAAUUGAGAAAAUGACAAUCGGAGAGAAUCUCAAAGCACCAAAGACAUAUCGGAAAAUAAGGGAAGAAAGGGAGCUCAGACACCAAGAUUCAUCCAGUGACAACCAAACUGACUACAGAAAGCUGAACUCCUCUGAUGAAGAAGUGUUUGUAGAAGACAGAAAACCCCCGCAGCGAUUGUACGAAAGAAGUCACACAGUGGCAACUGAAACCCCUUUCACCUUCCAGAAACGUGAGCCUGUAUCCUCAGCACCCCCAGUUCAAGCUCCAGGAAGACGGCCGGCACCAGAUUCGAAAAAGACCGUCAACAAUAUGUCAGAAGGGCAAGGCUCACUUCCCUUGUAUAUGCGCCAGGCGAUUGACCAUAAAGCUGACCAGACUCGAGUUUCAAAUUCUCUGCCCAGGAAUUAUCAAAGAUCGAGCGUGUCAAGAAUUGCUCCGGUGGUUUCCCCGAGACCCUAUGGGACACAAGCUAAAAAGCUCUCAUCGCUCACAAGGCCAAACACACAGCGGGAUGAGCAACCAAAAUAUAAUGGAGAUGUGAAUGGUUCAAAACGUUUCCAGGCACCCUCGGGCUUCCCCUUCAAGUCUGAAUCUGCAGCACCAUUGGAAAGUAGUGGGCUCACGAAAAGAGAGUCAGAGGGAGGCACGAGGCUCAGUCCUUUCUUGAAAACUGAGGAGAAGAGGUCUGAGGAGAUGACCCUUGCCUCCGAACCAGAGAAUUACCAGUACACGAAGAGCAAUUUUUCUUCCAACGUCGAAAGUGACAUGUAUCAAAGGAGCAACUAUUCCUCAAAACUGGAGAAUGAUGACCAAUCACAGGGCAGUUCUUUAAUGAGUAGUAAUGAGGAGGAGGGGGAAGAAGAGGAAGAAACAAGGAUGCCAUCUCUCAGUGAAAAGAACUUUCCUCAUGAGUCAAAGGCUGACACCACUUCCAACUCUGCAACAAUGAAUUAUUUUACAAAGGCAACAAGCCAGCCCACAAACACAGUUACCACAGCAGCCAUGCGACAGAAGCCGUAUAGUGAUACACGCAUAGUUAUUAAUCAGAAACCAAACGGUAAUCAAGACUUUGGAUUCACAACUGAUUGGACUGCCACCGGUGUGACUGUCAAGACGAUUGAAAGAGGAGGACCAGCAGAAUAUUGCCAGUUGGAAGUGGGGAAUGAAAUAAGUUCAAUCAAUGGCAAUAAUGUAGCUAUCAUGGACAAUCAGGCUUGGUUAGAAGCCUUGGAAGAUGCAAGAAAAGCUGGAAAAUUGAACAUGGAAGUCAGAAAAUAUAAAAAUAACAGUGCAAAUGAAAUGAAAUACAGCAUCUCCAAUGAACCUAUUCGGUGGGAAGCUACUGGACCAACCAUGAAGACUAGCAGAAGUCAACCCUUCAAUCAACUACCAGAUCUUCCUCAAUCAGGAGAAAAUGAGAAGAAAUUACCGGAGGAUUCAACACAAAAAGCUUCUGAACCCAUUAGUCUGAAAAACUUUAAAAGACGAUCCCAGUUUUUUGAACAAGGUAGAACAGAAACAGCAGUGAAUGAUCUACAAACUCCGUCAAUUAGUGUUUCAAGUCGUUGGUCUUUGAAUCCUGAGGAGGAGAGAAAGCGCCAGGAAAUGUGGCAGAAGGAACAGGACCGAUUGUUACAGGAAAAAUAUCAGCUUGAGCAAGAAAAGCUACAGGAAGAAUGGAAACGAGCCCAGAGAGAAGCUGAACAGGAAGGUUCCAAGUACUAUGAAGAGGAGCGCAAGAUACUACAAGAAACAAACAGCCCACGGUCAUUCAGUGUCACGGAUGGGCCUGGUGAAUCUAGAAACAAAUUAUCCUCCCGAAAUUGGUCCACGUCUUGGGAUGAUCAGGACACCGAAGAAGAGCUGGGGGACGAAGAAGAUGAUGAACGCCAAAGUGAAGCCGAGACUAGGAGGCAGGAGGAAAUCCGGCUGCAGGAUGAGAGGGAACGUGAGCGCCAAGAAAAAGCAGCCCGCCGUGGACAGGAGAGAAAACUGCAGGAGGAGAGGGAACAGCAGCGCCAGGAGCAACAACAACGAGAGCUGGAACGACAGAAAGAAGAAAGAAGGCAGAGACAGCAGGCAGAGGAGCAAGCAUGGCUGGCAGAGGCAGAAAGAGCGAGGGAAUUGCAACCUCGAUGGGCUAAAUCAAAGUCCACCUCUGAGCUUGAUGAGGAAGUGCCUGUGCAAAAACACGGUGUAAAUGUGGGAACAUUGGGCGGUGUAGCCCAGCAGCUGCUGGAAGAAGAAAAACCACACAGGAGUUGUGCCAAGUCCAAAGAUGUUAUGCGAGUUGAAUUGGAAACUGAGAGGCUGCAAAUCCUCAACCAGAUGAAAUAUGCUGACCCAGAGCGAGGGGACCUGAAGAGUAGAAUGUCAGACAGUGCAUGGAUUAAGAAUGAAGCACCGCCGAAAACCUCGCACCAGAAAGAACAGCCCCUGACGUAUGCUGAGCAAGACCGACAGAAAAUUCUGCUGGAGAUGCGCAGGAAGACCCAGCUUUUAAAUGACAAUAGCUGGAUCAGGCAGCGUAGUGCCAGUGUUCAGAAUAAGGCUCCAGUUACCAAUUACGGAUUCAUGAGAAGAGGUGAAUCUUUGGAUGAUUUAGAUACCACGGGGACAAAUACAUGGGGAUCAACCUCCGAGCCAGUGAAUUCCUCAGAAAAGGAGUCAACCUACCACCCAGUCUCCACCUCAAACCGAUCCUACAUGCGUGCUCCAUCUUCAACACUGCCACCUCCAUCCACUGGAUCAGUGAGAACAGCUUCAUGGUCCAAGAACCCAUCUGCACACCCAAAUACUCAGUCCCUAAUAACUCAAGGCAGCAGGUCAAUAAGUGGAAAGAAGAUCUGUACAUACUGUGAUAACGCUCUGGGCAAAGGAGCUGCCAUGAUCAUCGAAUCUCUUGGUCUUUGUUAUCAUUUACAUUGUUUUAAGUGCAUCUCGUGCAGUGUUGACCUCGGGGGCACAGAAUCCGGAGCAGAGGUUCGAGUGCGAAACAACAAUCUCUUCUGCAACGCCUGCUAUACCCAAUAUAAAGUUGGGCAGUCCAAUUGAGGAACCUCCAAGCAAUGGAAAGCUACCGCAGUGAGUGGAAGAGGAGAAGCAACUUGGCUUGUGAAUAGGGAAAAAAAAUUCUCUUGAUAAUCAGAGUGUAACAAAUGACAUAACUCAUUGGAAUUUAAAAUUACGUUUUCAUCGCAGUUGGGCUAUAAAUGGGGUGAUUGCUCAAUUAAACAAACCUUUAAUUUAUAAUGUAGCGAUACUAUCCUGGUCAUCGACUGACUGCAUACACAGCAGUGGUUACAAGUUGCAUUCUGCUUCCAAAGUUUGCCUUCAUUGAAACUGUCGGAGCUCCACUGAAUGCAUAAGCACGUUUGUAAUCUCUGCUGUGUAUGUGCGUUCAGUCCAUGCACAUUAUUGAAAAUGAGUUUCUGCCCCCCUCUACUUAUGAGCAUAGCAUGUACAGAAGCUAUGGGAAUGCACGGCGUAUUAUACAGGAAAUGUAUUGGUGAGUUAUAAUGUUUAUUUAUCAAACUGAUGAGCUGUUAGUUUAUGGUGCAAGUAAGGCAACUGCCUCUGUUCAUAUGGCUACUUGUAGAAGGCAAAGUUGUGUGGUUUAUAUACUUCAUAUUCUACUCAACAUUUAUGUUCUGAUACUUUUCAAAGAUCUAUGUAAUUAUUCCAAAACUUCAUUAUUUUUAUCUCAACAUGUAUAUCUGCAUCUCCAUUCUCAUUCCAUAAUUAGUCGACUGGAAAAAGCAUAAUAUUUUCUAGAAUGAGGGACGGGUUAAGUAAGACGGGGCAAGCAUGUGUUUUUAUUGUACAAAUCUUGAGCAGUCCUUCUAUGUUAAGAGCUUUGAUGUGAAAUCAAAAUCUGUGAGAUUUGUUCCUGGCUUUUUUGGAAUUAAUGGUAAAAAUAUUUUGCAAAAAAAAUGUAUGAAAGAAAAAAGUUUGUUUUUUUGUGUUGACUGAUGUUUAUAAAUAAAAUGAAUAAAUCUUUAAA